UGAGUGCAUCAAUGCGUGCUAGUCUUGUACAAAGUACGGGUGACAACUCUAACGUUUGUUAAUUCGUCUGCCUUUGUUUUGGGGUGAAUCGGCUGUCUUCGCACGUUUGGACACUUGUUUAGGAUAUCCAGAAUAUCUACAGAAGAACCUCACGUAACGACCACCUCAUAUGGUAGAACGACCUCCUUCAUACCACGGCCAGCUUCCUGGGUGGAUUGCGUUUGGGGCAGUUGGAGUCUCUGUAGUGUUGAAUGUGGAAAUGGCACUAGAACUCGUCAGAUUAGUCAAGCAGCUACAAUGAGUGGUCAGAUGUGUACUGGACCAUCAACUGAGAUCUGCAUAGUCACAUCUUGUAAGACAACCAAUCUGUCUGCCUCUCUUGGAGCGACAGUGACCAUGAGUUCAGUCUUCAGUUCUACCUUUGUUGCUACAAAAGCUAUAGAUGGCAAUCCAAAAGAUGUUGUUGGCCAGACACUCCUUGGUACUGAUUGUGCUGCCACGAAAAACUCUGUGAAUCCUUGGCUUCGAGUUGACUUGCAAAAGCAAUAUCUUGUGUCACGUGAUCGAGCUAUCUUUCUAGAAGAGAGAGGUGAAAAUGUGUAUGUCCAUGUUGGUAACAACUUAGCAAACAAUGGAAAUGACAACUACAAUUGUGGAAAGGCUCCCUAUGACAGCUCUAAUAGCCUGGCUGCAAUAUGGCGAGAUGUUAGUUGCAGUCCACCAGUUUGGGGAAGAUACAUUAAUUUACAGAGAAUAGUGACAAAUCAGGUUCUUCAAGUAUGUGAGGUGGCUUUCAACUAUGAGUUGGAGAUUGCUAUUCUAGACAAUGAUACGCAUAUAGAGGGAACAAGAGUGGUAGUUGAUGAGAAUCAAGAUUACUCUAAUCCUAUUGAUUGUGGUGUCAGUCUUCAUGUGACCAACUUUAAUGCUCUCUUGCAAUGGAAACACAACACAACCAAUGAUAUACCAUCUUCUAGUGGACAGAAUGCUGGUGUAUAUCAAGUGUAUGAGAAUGGUGUACAGCGACUGUACAUCAAGUUAGCUAGUGUUUUCGACAAUGGACUCUAUACAUGUCAAUAUACUGCAGCUAAUGGCUCUAUAGUGUCAAAGUCAUUUACACUGAGCGUUCGUGUGGAUUGCGUUUGGGGUAGUUGGACUCCAUGUAGUGUUGAAUGUGGAAAUGGCACUAGAGCUCGUCAGAUUAGUCAAGCGGCUACAAUGAGUGGUCAGAAUUGUACAGGACCAUCAACUGAGAUCUGCAUAGUCACAUCUUGUAUGGCAAGUAAUCUGUCUGCCUCUCUUGGAGCGACAGUAACCAUGAGUUCAAUCUUCAGUUCUACCUUUGUUGCUACAAAGGCUAUAGAUGGCAAUCCAAAAGAUGUUGUUGGUCAGACACUUGUUGGUACUGAUUGCGCUGCCACGAAAAACUCUGUGAAUCCUUGGCUUCGAGUUGACUUGCGAAAGCAAUACCUUGUGUCACGAGUUCGAGCUAUCUUUCUAGAAGAGAGAGGUGAAAAUGUGUAUGUUCAUGUUGGUAACAGCUUAACAAACGAUGGGAAUGACAACUACAAUUGUGGAAAGGCUCCCUAUGACAGUUCUAAUAGCUUGGCUGCAAUAUGGCGAGAUGUUAGUUGCAGUCCACCGGUUUGGGGAAGAUACAUUAAUUUACAGAGAAUAGUGACAAAUCAGGUUCUUCAAGUAUGUGAGGUGGCUUUCAACUAUGAGUUGGAGAUUGCUAUUCUAGACAAUGAUACGCAUAUAGAGGGAACAAGAGUGGUAGUUGAUGAGAAUCAAGAUUACUCUAAUCCUAUUGAUUGUGGUGUCAGUCUUCAUGUGACCAACUUCAAUGCUCUCUUGCAAUGGAAACACAACACAACCAAUGAUAUAGCAUCUUCUAGUGGACAGAAUGCUGGUGUAUAUCAAGUGUAUGAGAAUGGUGUACAGCGACUGUACAUCAAGUUAGCUAGUGUUUUCGACAAUGGACUCUAUACAUGUCAAUAUACUGCAGCUAAUGGCUCUAUAAUGUCAAAGUCAUUUACACUGAUUGUUCGUGUGGAUUGCGUUUGGGGUAGUUGGACUCCAUGUAGUGUUGAAUGUGGAAAUGGCACUAGAACUCGUCAGAUUAGUCAAGCGGCUACAAUGAGUGGUCAGAAUUGUACAGGACCAUCAACUGAGAUCUGCAUAGUCACAUCUUGUAUGACAACCAAUCUGUCUGCCUCUCUUGGAGCGACAGUGACCAUAAGUUCAGUCUUCAGUUCUACCUUUGUUGCUACAAAGGCUAUAGAUGGCAAUCCAAAAGAUGUUGUUGGUCAGACACUUGUUGGUACUGAUUGUGCUGCCACAAAACACUCUGUGAAUCCUUGGCUUCGAGUUGACUUGCAAAAGCAAUACCUUGUGUCACGAGUUCGAGCUAUCUUUCUAGAAGAGAGAGGUGAAAAUGUGUAUGUUCAUGUUGGUAACAGCUUAACAAACAAUGGGAAUGACAACUACAAUUGUGGAUUGGCUCCAUAUGACAGCUCUAAUAGCUUGGCUGCAAUAUGGCGAGAUGUUAAUUGCAGUCCACCGGUUUGGGGAAGAUACAUUAAUUUACAGAGAAUAGUGACAAAUCAGGUUCUUCAAGUAUGUGAGGUGGCUUUCAACUAUGAGUUGGAGAUUGCUAUUCUAGACAAUGAUACGCAUAUAGAGGGAACAAGAGUGGUAGUUGAUGAGAAUCAAGAUUACUCUAAUCCUAUUGAUUGUGGUGUCAGUCUUCAUGUGACCAACUUCAAUGCUCUCUUGCAAUGGAAACACAACACAACCAAUGAUAUAGCAUCUUCUAGUGGACAGAAUGCUGGUGUAUAUCAAGUGUAUGAGAAUGGUGUACAGCGACUGUACAUCAAGUUAGCUAGUGUUUUCGACAAUGGACUCUAUACAUGUCAAUAUACUGCAACUGAUGGCUCUAUAAUGUCAAAGUCAUUUACACUGAGCGUUCGUGAGGCUACAAGUGGUUUAUCGGGAUGGGGCAGCACACAAUUGCCUACUAGGACUUCUACGUUUGUGUCAACUGCAACUCGAUCUACAUCAGUGACUGUAACUGUUUCAUGGCCAAACACUGUUACAGUCAACACCCAACUGUCCUCCACAACUUCUACGCUCGCGUCAUCGAAGGACGCUACAAGAGGGGCAACCCGUAUGUCAACAAAACCCACUGUUCGAGCUAACGACGCUUUUUCUACACCGAUUGCCUCAACAAUUUUGUCUGUUUUGCCUCGUGAUUAUACAAAGGCGAUGGUCACGAAAACUUCAUUGACGUCACAAAUUCACACAACACAAAUUUCUAGCUCCAGCAAUUCCAGACAAGCAACAACUCGUGAGGCAACGACACUAAUGACAACAGACUUGGAUACAAUAGCUCAUGAAACAAAAUCGAGUUCUUCGAACCAUACAUUAUACGCAUCAGUUGCUGCUCCAAUUGGAGUUAUUGUUGUAAUUGCGUCUAUAAUCUCGGUAUUUAUCGUCCGGCGAAGAAGAGCAGGAAAGUCGGAUUUCAAAACAGUUCGAUCACAUGUGGCAGGCGCUAAAAGUGGGUCAGCAGAUGACGCAGAUUUUCGCGGUACAGCAACUUUCCCUGCAAAUAGGCGACAUGAAAAGAGCAACAAUUUGUGCGAUGGAAAAACAUCAGACGAUCUGCAGUUGAAUCCACUCUAUAGCGACAUGGCGUUGCAACAUCGGAUGACUAAAAAUUUCUUAACGGCUGCGUCUCAUAAAGAUUCUAGAGGUGACAUGAUGACUAUACUUUAUCAAUCAGCAGAUCAGGGAGAGAAAACUGCGGCACGUGAGUCAGAGAACGUCAUCUACAACAUGUGACAGAUGGCAUGCUGCAUGCGAUAGCAUUUGUAUACCAGGUACGGUGUUAUGAUUUCUACGUAUGUUAAUUACCGUGUAAGCAUUGUGCACAGUCAACAAUAUUAUUCUGAUCUUGUAACAAUACCCAUUUAAUUAAUAAUGGUAAUAAGUUUAGGCACCAGAUUUGUGUGCUUACUUGGACUGCCACAACACGAUU